AAUUUUUUUUAUUUUUGCUGUUCUUUUCCUUUGUCUUUAAGAUCACUUGAGAAACAUUUGGACAAAUUUAUUGAUGGAAGAAAUGGAAUAAAAAUUUUCUUUCCCCUCUGUGGGAAAUCUGUAGAUAUGAAAGGAUUAGCAGAUAAAGGGCAUAAUAUUGUUGGAGUUGACAUUGCUGAACAAGCUUUCCAGGAAUUCUUUACUGACCAGAAUUUGGAAUAUACUGUUGAAGAAUUAAAGGACAACACAGGAAAACUCUUUACAAGCAAAGAUGGAAAAAUCAAACUAUAUUGCAUGGAUAUGUUUAAAUUUUCAAAGGAUUUUGAAGGACAGUUUAAUGCUAUUUGGGAUCGAGCAGCUCUUGUUGCUAUCAGCCCCAAAACCAGAAUAAGGUUAGUAAUAAUUGUUUAAUGGCAAUAACAUAAUU